AUGGCAGCGGUGGAACAAAGUUCUGCGUCACCCUUCACACCUCCUUUAUCACCACCAACACAUCUACCUCCGUCGCCUCUUGCUGCUCGUUCACCUUCCCCUUCUGUAUACGACGUUUUCCCACUCGUGUGUGAAGACCCGCCAAUCAGAGCGCUCACCAGUUCACAAUACUAUAUGAUAAUCGAGGCAUACUAUACCACACAAUUACCCAAUGACAUUUUGUUUCCUUGGCUGCAUGGAGUUGACGGAACCAACCACCAACAGAACAUGUUUUUCAAUGUAAACAACUGUAACGUACCCGAACAUCGUGGGGUGACUAUUGUGCAAGCAGAAGAAGAUAGUCAAAAGUCGCAGUUAGUAGGAUCGGUUUAUCCAAGUGAUAUUCUAAAUCCUCCGAAUGAAAAUGCGAUCAGAGGAUUCUUAAAUAUACAAGAGGAGGAUGUGAUCAAUUUAAGAAAUUUUAAGAUUCAAGUUGCUAAAUAUGCCACUCUUUCCGAUAUUGUGGUGUAUGGUGAGCACGGGCUAAAUGAUCAGGUUUUACAGAUUGCAAAGCAAGUAGCAUGGGCUCAACAAGUGAUGAGGGAAGAGAGACCAAAUGGAAUAGAGUAUGAAACCUUUGUGAUCAUAGAUCCAUUUACUGUGUUUGAGAAAGAUUUCCCAGAUCUUGUAGCAAUAGAUAGUCACGGGGUUUUAUGUAAUAAAAUUAAUUUUUUGGACCAAGAGCGAGAGGAAAUGAGAUUAUUAACAGAGGCAACCGAGAUUUCUCGUAAUGUUUGGUUAGGCAAUGCGGCUGAUGUACCCGUGCUCAGUGAAAAUGAUCCAGCAGAUUCAGCAAUAUCUCUAAUCGACGAAAAUCCACAUCAAUUUUCUAUUUGUAUUGAAUCUCAUGAUGUGGCAGAAUUGCCGACUCGAGAAGCCUUAAUAAAUGUAGCUGAAGCGUUAGAUAAGUUACCUUCAUCGCCUACUUCGUCACCACAUUCUUCAGCAAAUGAAUUAAUUCACCUGGACUGUAUAUCGUCGGGAGUGAAUUAUAAUACGCCAGCAGCUUUGGAUGCAAUAGCCACAAAAAUGGUUGAUCUUUGUGAAUUCAUCUCGCAACAAGCAAAUGGAUACGACCGUAAAGUUCUCAUAUAUUGUAUAGACGGCUACACAGAAACAUCAUUGUUAGCUUUGACAUAUCUUAUGUACAAUGAUGAUUUAAAGCUUCCUGCUGCUUAUCUUAAGCUUCAAGAAACACGGAGUUUUUUCGUGUAUCAAAAUGACGUACCUACCUUACAAGCCAUAGAACAGAAAAUUCGAGAAAGAGCAGAAACUGACUCGCAAGAAGUCGACACAAAUACGUAUUCAUGGUUUCUUUCCCCUCAUUUUGAAGGAAGUUUUCCGAGUCGAAUUUUACCAUUUUUGUAUCUUGGUAAUUUAAAUCAUGCGUGUAACGCAGGGAUGCUAACGGCGCUAGGGAUUACGCAUGUACUCUCAGUAGGAGAAGAUUCGAAAUUAAAUCAACGUGAUUUUAAGGUUUUGUUUCUGGAUAAUUUGUAUGACGAUGGAAUUGACAGUCUCUGGAAACAUUUGGAUAAUUGUGUAAACUUUAUAGAAAAUGCACGUGAAACGAAUGGCAAUGUCCUUAUCCAUUGUCGUGUUGGGGUAUCACGGUCCGCCACAAUAACAAUUGCAUAUAUCAUGAGACAACUGGGCAAGCCCCUCGUUUCUUCAUAUCUGUAUGUGCGAGCUAGACGUCUCAACGUUAUUAUUCAACCAAAUCUCAAAUUCAUGUACGAAUUGCUACAAUACGAACAAAAAUUGACCGGCCGAAUGGGAAUCAGUUGGACGAAUCUCGCAAAAGAAAUUCAUUCAUUGAAUAUGUGCUAUGUUGGCUCUUGA